GGGGGCUAGAAUGAUGACCCUUGUGACGGUUGGGCCUUCGCCGUUACUCUUGAGAUACAGGAAAAACUUUUUCACAUUGUACCCGGUGAUAAAGAGUACAGCCAACCGCAGCAGAAAAAACACAGCAGCCUAUAGUGGAGUGGGCUGAAGCAACGUAAAAGAGAGUAAAUAUAGUAGUGCGAUAGUUUGCAGCCACAGAACAUGACCAACAACAUCAUCAUGUGUUUCGACGGCACGGACAACAAUUUCGGCACGAAGUCACCGUCCAACAUAUUGGAGUUGUACAAGCUGUUGGAAAAAAACUCGCCAAAUCAGCACUGCUUCUAUCAGCCCGGUGUUGGCAUCGAUAUUGAUUUAUCGCAAACCUCAUUCCAGCACUGGGCCUCGUUCCCUUUCCACAACCCUAUCAAAAAUACAGUAGACUCGGCAAUUGCAUUUACAAUUGAUUACCAUGUCAUCCAGGCAUACCGCUAUUUGAUCGAGAAGUACCAGCCCAACGAUAAAAUUUAUCUAUUUGGGUUUAGUAGAGGGUCCUUUGUAGCCAGGAUAUUGGCCGGAAUGAUUGAAAAAAUCGGCUUGUUGGAUAGCGGAUUGGAGUCGAUGGUCAAAACAGCUUGGGAGAUCUACAAAACUUGGGAACAAAUAGGACAGCCUACGGAUUUGUCGAAUCCAGCAAAAUGUAGUUAUUCCUUGAGACUAUUCAAGCAAACAUUUUGUAGAUACGACGUGUCAAUAGAAUUCAUGGGUUUGUUCGACUCGAUCAACUCUUGUGGUAUCAUUUUCGACCGAUUAUUCCCUUUCACCUCCAACACCUCCAACGUCAAGCAUAUCAGGCACACAGUAAGUAUACACGAAAGGAGGUCAAAGUUCAAACAAAACUUGUUUGUUCCACACACAUAUCUACCGAGUUUUUUGAACAGUAAGCACUCUUGCGAUUCUCUCAGUUCAUUGCUAUCUCAGCAAUCAAACAAUGACUCGGUGCCAUCGAUUUUGUCAGUGCCAAACGAAGAUUCAGUAACUACAUCCCAUCAGGUAUCAGCUCGGUUCUCAAAGAAAUGUUCGAGCGAUUUGUUGGAAGUCUGGUUUCCUGGUGAUCAUUCGGACGUGGGGGGAAACUGGCCCUACGAUAACAACGGUAACAGAAUUUCAAACUUACCCUUCAGAUGGGUAUUGUCGUAUGCCGUUGAAUUUGGCGUUUUGUUUAAAACAAACUCCUUAGAGGAAUUCAAUUCCAAAUUCAGCCCAUUGAAAAGUAGUCUCUCCUUCAGUCAUGACAUUCUAUCGUUCAAGAAGUACAAGUAUCCGGAAUACGUUAGCCCCUAUUGUUUGCCCACUGAUGACGAAGAAGCUCAAUUGGCAACGAGAGAUGAAAGUCAUGUGAUCAGUACUCACGAUACGAAUGGAUCUCACGUUUUCAGUAUAAGAAGCCCUCUUUUCCCAACUUUCCCAAGGUACUCAGGAAUUGAUACCGGUACGGAGGGCGGGAAAUUAGAUACUUUUAAAGGUAGGGGAGACGAAAGCAUCAUUUCGACUUUGUUCUGGUGGAUGUGUGAGAUUAUCCCUAUUGGCUACCUGGUUGAAAAUCAACAGGGAAAAUGGAGACCUCUUUACUGGCCAAAUUUAGGGGAGAAUAGGAAUAUUCCUUUCAAUGCCAAGGUGCAUUGGUCUGUUCUUUGGAGAAUGAAGUUUGUGAAAGACAGGCACUAUGCCAAUUUACCAGCAAUCUUCAAGGUUAUAGAAAAAAUCAUUCAGCAAGAAGAUGAAGCCUUUAACACUGAAGACAAUGAAAUUAUAACCUUAACUCUAACUGAUUUUGUUGACCUCAAGACAGGUACAAUUAGAGCCGAUAUUGAGCACGUUAUCGGAUCUGCAUUAAAAAGAAACAAACAAAUCAGCUUAAAUAUCGACUGGAAAAAUCCACCAAACGAGCUUUCGUACAAGACAAAGACCCGAAACAAUGGUGCUUAGCUCGGUUAAAACAAACAAAUACCGAUGUGUUAUCUAUACAGUUCAAAAAAAAAGAUUACCGCAAUUAUUUUCAUAUUCAUAAAU